GUCUCCUGGUCCAGUGGUCAAGGCGACUUCCAUAUUCUGAGGUUGUUGUUCGGUCCCGGGUUCGAUUCUCGCCGUAUGGCGGGUUUUCUGAUUCGGCGUCUGAGCUUCAACCAAGGAAUAUAGGGAGCCGCCAAAGCCACUACUGGGAGGCCGACUCACCCUUUGUGCCAAGAAACUAUCCUGACAAUGAGCUCUUUUACGAACAAAAUCGCCAUUUUCUCGACCCUUAAGCCUCCGGCAUUACCUUCUCUCUUCAUAGUUUUCUUCCAAAAACCAAGCGGUUGCCGGUCACCUGCUACCUCUUGUCGCAAAGGACAUUCACUUAGACCAAUGUCUCUGUGCAUAUUGCCUCAUGUCUGAGGCUGUUUUAACAUAGCGUUUAGAGCUGAGGGCAGAAAAUGUGAACUCCUUUACUUCAUUCACUUAUCAAGACGCGCAUUCAUGCAGG